UACAUUAAUACAGAUAAAUCUUCAGAUAUAAUGGUGAUUCUAGAAGAUGAUAGGUCUCAGGACAUGUGUCCGAUCUGUAAGACCGAUAAGUACUUAUCUCCUAAUAUGAAUUUCCUUGUAAAUCCUGAAUGUUAUCAUAGGAUAUGUGAAUCAUGUGUAGAUCGUAUCUUUUCAUUAGGUCCAGCACCAUGUCCAUAUCAAAAUUGUGGUAAAAUCUUGAGAAAGAAUAAAUUCAAACAGCAAAUCUUUGAUGAUUUGGCUAUUGAAAGAGAGAUCGAUAUACGAAAGAAAGUUGGAGCCAUUUAUAAUAAGACAGAAGAAGAUUUUGAGGAUUUAAAAGAAUAUAAUAAAUAUUUGGAAACCAUUGAAGAGAUUAUCUUCAAAUUAAAUAAUGGAGAAGAUAGAGAAAAGACUGAAGCAGAAUUGUAUAAAUAUGAACAAGAACAUAAAUUAGAAAUAUUAGAAAAGAAUAUUCGAGAAAGUCAGAAGAAUGCUGAUGCUCACAAAUAUAAGGAAGCCAUGGAAAGAUUAAAACAAGAGAAGUUAAAGGUUGAGAAACAACAUGAAUUAGAAGAUUUAGAGUACCAAAAACAACAACAACAAGAAUUAUUGGAUGUAUUAGCCAGUUCGAAUUCUACUGCAAGUGCUCAAGAAAUUAUUAAGAAACAACGUGCUAAUGCUUCUAAGCGUGCUACCUUACGUAAAGAACAAUUACAACAGAUUAAUUCCCAAUUAGAGAAUCAAUUUAAUCCUAUAUAUCAACAGAAGUUACUCGAACAACAAUUGGCUGCGAGUAAAGUACCUUUUACACCAUUUCAAGGGGAUAGAGAUUUACAUAAGCAAUAUAGUUUAUUACCUAUACCGACAGAAAUUGAUAAAUUAAUGGAUAUAGAACAUCAUAUUAGUGAUAGUUAUAAUGAUCCUUACUUGAACAAAUUAGCCAAGAGUAAGGAAUACUUGGGAGCUGGCUGGAGAUUAACGACUGUAUACGAACGUGCUUUGGAUGAAGCAUUCAUAGGAUUAGGAUGUAUCAUAGAUCAAGAGAAACGACCUCAAAAGGUGGAUGCUGUUUAGUUUAGUAUAAAUAUGUAAUCAUAGUUAUCAUUUUAAUUAACUAAUAUAUACAAGU